AUGGAACACAUGUGUGACUUAGAUCCCGCUAACAAUCACCACGAUUCUCAAAACACCAUAGAAUCAAAGGACACCAGUGAUCCACCAGUUACACCGGAACUAUGUCCUCUCUGUCAUCUGAUACGUCGAGAUUUGGCCGAACUAAAUCAUCGUACGCGACUACUCGAAAAAAGCGCGACCCUGUCGGGGAUUUAUCCCGAGACCAUACAUCGAUGUCAAAACAACGCCAUGACAGUUGGAAACACACGUGUUCAAAGAAAUCCUGCCUUUGGUGCCGCACACAGCAAACACGAUGCCCAACAAAUAUCACAGAUUUUAUGCGAUGAGCUGCGUCGAUUCUGUGAGAACACUACCAUCCGCGGUUUACCCCGCAUAGUCCGUGCACAUAAUCGUUCCCUACGUCUACUCUGGUCCACUUUGGUAUGCAUCCUCGUCCUAGGCUGUUUCAUUUGUAUGUUUUUCUUGGCCCGACAAUAUCUGGAAUACAAUGUGAUCCAUCCACCUCGUGUGCUACGACACACAUCCAGCCCGUUUCCCGCAGUAACUGUGUGCAAUCUGAGACCUAUUUCACCGGACGGAAUGCGCUACAUGCGCGCGAAAGGAUGGAAAACACCGAGACAAUUUGUGCAAGAUUUCGCGUACUAUGCACAGCAUCUGUAUUUUGAGAAUAAGCGUUACGCAGAAUACAGUGCCGCCUCAGCAGCGUUUUCUUUGGCCGGUUUCCUGGAGAGUAUCCCCAACGAUACAGAACGUCAAAAGCUUGGAUAUCAGAAUGAUAAACUGGUAACCAAGUGUCAAGGUAGUGCAUUGUGCGUACACUAUUUGGCCUCCUGUGAAGGGGACUGGGUUUUGGGACUAUUUCUGUUCGAGAAGACGAACGUGUGA